AUGUUUCGCCGGUUGUAUUUGCUAUACACCUUUGCACUGCUCAGCGCAGCUCAAUCAACACCAUCCGACGAGUACGCUGUCCAGCAUGUUGCGAACUUGGAUAACUAUCUUGUCGAGAAUCUGGCCGUGCGGGGCAAUGGCAAGGUUCUUGUAACGACUUCGGCGCCGGCAGCGACACUAUGGCAAAUCGAUCCCCAGUCAUCCGGCAAUGCCACUCUCAUUACACGUUUUCCAGGCGCCUCUGGCUCUUAUGGCAUAACCGAGCUUCAACCAGAUUUAUUCUAUGUGACAACUGGCAACUUUUCGAUCGAGACAAGGCAGCCCGUCCCCCAAUCAUUCGCGCUGUUUGAAGUGGAUAUGACUGGCUUUCGCCAACUCCCCACCGGCAAAAUAACCAGCCUUCCGACUCCCCAAAAGAUCGCCUCAAUCACGAAUGCCACUGUCCUCAAUGGUCUCACACAUGUCGAUGGACAAGCCGGAUUUGUCCUGGCAGCUGAUUCAUACGCGGGUCUGGUCUGGAAGGUCGAUAUUGCAACCGGAAGCGUUAUGACAGCAAUUAAAGACGCAUCGAUGGACCCCAGUCCCUCAAAAGCGGCAGGGAUCAAUGGCUUGAAGUAUCAAAACGGCUACCUCUAUUACACAAACACGGGGAACAACCUGUAUUACCGCUUACCAAUCUAUGCUAAUGGUUCGGCUUCCGCGGAGCCCGAGACCAUCGCGCAGGUCACAAAAGGCGACGACCUCAUCCUGGAUGGCGCUGGAACAGCCUACAUCUGCCAACAGGUAAAUUCUGUGAGCAGAGUAGCCAUAAAUGGGACACAGCAAGUUAUUGCGGGUACCAUCAACAGCAAUGCCAGUUCACUUCUCGGGCCGACCGCUGUGGCUUGGGGAAGAACUCCAUCGGACAGAGACAGACUCUAUGUAACAACGAAUGGAGGCCAAUCUGCUGCCUUCAACACGUCAGGGUCCCAAGGUCUCUCUGUGAUCGGGCCUAUCGCCCAGGAAUCCACUGAAACGGGCAACUCUUCUGCUUCAGCCACGUUGUCGACAACACAAGGAACCGCUACACCGACUCAGUCCAAUGGCGGAGUUGUCGUCCGGAGGGUGGAAAAGCAGAAUGCUGCAAGGGACGCGGAAACUUGUCAAGGCACCCCCAGCAGCGAGGCUUCUCCAGACUUUACAUCGACCGUCACCGGCACAACCGCUAGAUCAUCGAUAGUGAAGGCCCAGGGUCCCCUUCAAUGGGUCAUAUAUUCAGCAGCAGGUGAAGAGGACCUUGAAGACGGAGACAACUCCCAGCGCCUCGAGCGGGUGAGUCCUUCAGUCUCCAGCGAUUCCAGAUGCGAUGAUACUCGUCUCACCAUAGCCGAGUCGAUCAAGCCGGACCCUCAGAAUGCCUCCAUCAAUUUCUUCUUCCGCUACUAUACAGGAACGAUUUAUGACUCCCAGCUUCACAAUUCUUUUGCACUCCUAUGGCAACCAAUGUACCUAAAGUCUUCAGAGAAUUCACCAUUGAGACUUGCAACGGCAGCAGUGACCGUCAAUGUUGCUAUGAUGUGGAAUUUCAGAGGUUGCGACGCACGGCCAGCACGACAGCUUUUCACCAAAGCCCUGGAAGCGACGAGAAAGGCGAUUGGCGAUCCGGCACAGAGUAACAAGGAUGAGCUUCUCAUGACGAUAUUGGUCUUUGACCUCUACGAUGCACUGGUUCUGCACUACGUACCCGGGCCUUUGACCUAUGGUAAACACAAAAACGGAGCCGUCGCUCUACUCAAGCACAGAGGUCAUGUCAAUUAUUUGACCGAAGUAGGUCAGGGCCUCACCAGUGCGACCAGACACGCCCUUAUCAACCAUGCAUUAUCUCUCAGAACCAGGAUACCCGCGGAAUCAGUUCAACUUUUCACUCACCCUUCAAUGUCAGGUCGCUUUGGUUCACAGCUUGACGUGUUAGGGAUCCAGAUUGCCGAUACACAAAACCGCCUCUGGAGUCUGAGACGUCAGGAUGGCUCAGUACAAGGCUCGGGACAACGCCGCAAAGCUUUUGAAGAGAUAAUUGCGGAUGUGAUCCGGAUUGAUGACCUCCUCAUGGCUUGGAAGCGAACCAUUCCUAACCCCGACUGGUUGCCACAAUUCGUGUUUCGUGAGGAUGUGGCCUCCUCAAUCAUCAAUGCAGGCUUCUACGGAAGCAAAUGCGCUGUCUGGAAGGACCUGACUUACGCAGACGUGUUCAAUUUGUAUGCCACCCGCCGCAUUUAUACGCUGCAAAUGAUCCGGCAAUCUCUGGCUGAUGAACCCAGCCUGCUUGCGGACUCAAGAUACCGCGCAAUCCUUGCGAAAGCAAAUUCGACCAUCCAAACCCUUGUUGACGCUGUGCUAGAGACUAUUCCCGCCCAUCUCGGGGACACGGUGGUUCCAACAAAUCCAAUCUAUUGUUCUGGGGUGGCGUUCCCUUUCAAAAUUAUUCGAGACGCAAUCACUGGCGAGUUGAGAAGCAUUCCGGACCUGGAAGGCAGUGACUUCCGGAUGAGGGCUUCGUCGUCCGGCGCAUGGAUGAUCUUUCCUUAUCUGCUCGAUUUAUACCGCUUUGCAGAGCCCGAGGAUGACGCCGCCCCGAUUAUACUCAGAGAAGGUCAAUUGGAGUGGCUCAAAGCGCAAAUCAAACGCUUGCAGACAACCUUCUUGUAUUGUGAUCCAGUUUGGUAA